AAACAUAAACUAAUUCCGCAACACUGCACUUGCUAUAAAAUAUUUGACAAUCACAUGAUACACAAAACAAAACUCCUAAAAAGUGUAAAAUUAGUAAUUUUUCCAGAUUUUUUGCAAAUUUUGUAACAAAUCCACUAAAAUUGUACAAUAAAGACAUGUCAAAACUACCCAUCAAAGAUCCGUCGGUGAAAAUCAUCCCCUCAGCCGCGUUCCGCAAGUUCAUCACAAGUCACUUCUCCCGUGACUCACUUCUACCGCUGGCGAUUCAGAACAUUUGCAAAAAUAAUCUUUCGAAAUGCAGCGGAACCGAUGAGGAACCAGGGAAAACCGUGGAAUUCACGGAAGAAGAGCAAAAGUUUUUGAAGGAGCAGAAUGAAAAGAACCUGCAAAGGAAAAGCGACCUCGAAGAUGUUACAGAAGACUCCGAGUCGGCGGAAGAUCCGGAGGAAAUCCUCAAGCCAGCUUCGGCGGCACGGAAAACCAACACGUUGUCGCUUUCGUUGAAUGACCUCAAAUGGCUGCAUCAAGCGCUGAACCGGUUGCGGAAGGACGAUCCGGAUGUGCCAUAUCUGCACGAGCUGAUGCAAGAUUGCGAAAUGGUGCUGCCGGAGAAUGAGAUCCAGGAACGGAAUCCCGAACUGGAGGCCCGAUGCCAGCGGCUUCGCAAGCAACAGGAAGCCAAAGAGUACGAAGCGAUGACCAGGAACGUGGACAACGUCCGGACGCUGAUGCCGCAGGACACUAUUUCCUAUCAGAUGAAACAGAUAAAUCGGCAGCUGAUUGCCGUUGCACAAUUCAUCUUCUCGGUAGCGGCCGGAUUUGCCUUCGGAUUCAUUGGCAUCGAGCUGAUCGUGGGCCAGCUGGACUUUGGGUUCAGGUUGCUGCUCGGUAUUAUGAUUUCGUUAAUCAUCGCUCUGGCGGAGAUUUACUUCCUGGCGAAGAAGCUGAAUGAGGAAUACGAUCAGCCACCGGCCGCCCCGCAGGAACCGACGGAACCGGGCAAACGGAAGGUGGUUGAAUCCAUCCGGAUAACUCCCAAGACUGCAGAGAAGGCGGCGAAAGGAAAACUCCAUCAAGAUUAAGGUAGGUUAUAGCGUUUCGUUCCUUAUUUUGUUACUUAGUUCUUUUUUCGUUUUAAAAACCUUUAAGAAGUA